AUGUACUUGCCAGCUUUGGUGGACAAGCGUGGAUGGGGAAACGCAGAUUUGAGUGCCAAUCCGCUGUCAACUCUGCACCUGUCGGAGAUGUGGGACGUUUUUGCCAACGUUUGCUCUCCAAUAGGUGUGAACUUCAUGCUCUUGCGGCACACGUUGUACGGCACCAUGUUGGAGCUGCAGCUCUCUCCAGGUUCCACACUGGCUCAUUUCAACUUUCGAGCUAGUGACGAGGCUACACCUAUGUGGUGCCGAGGUAGCUUUGCCGUUCGAGGUGCUUUGCAGUGUGGCAAGUGGACGGAUGAGUUACGGCAGCGCCCACGCAGAACCCCAAUCACGCAGGCCUGCUUAGCCCAACAGAGCUCCUAUCGAGUUGAGCAUUGUGGCGACAGGUUUGUUCUCAGACCUUCAUGCAAGCGGUGGACAGAGGCUCGUCCACAGCUGCAGCUCACGAAGCGAGGGUUUAUCGCCGCUCCCCCGGUGCCAUCUUAG